GGGUCCUUGUGAUGUAAACAAGGGUCCUUGCAACAGAAACGGAGCUACAUACACCAUGGUAACCUGACAAAAAAAGGGGAGAACAAUGAAAAUACCAAAAAGAAAGCUGUUCCUUCUCCUUAUUUUUGCAUAUGUAGCGUUUUCACUCUAUGCUGCGUAUAAUGUUUUCUUCAGCACCAAAGUACUAUCCCGCGUUCACAGGGUGGUGAAGAAAGAGACGGGAGCACAAUCGGGUGGUGUAAGGGAUGGCGGUGCUCCAUACGUUGCUGAUGAGUGGAAUCCGUGGGAGGAUGAACAGGUGGAGUACAACUCUGCUUUGAACAAAAAGAGAGAGGCCUUCAAACAGUACCUGGGUAAAAUUGACAAGAACAAACCCAAAAGAUACAAGGUCCAGAUAUGGGGGAAAGCUGCAAUAGGGCUUUACCUUUGGGAACAUGUUUUAGAGGGCCCCCUCAACCCCACUGACAAGGUAGCACAAUGGAGAGAGGGGGAGCUGCAGUCAGGGAAGAUUGAUUUCAGUUUCUACACAGGUCCUGCAGUGGUGCAGGGUCAUGUGCCUCUGGACAUGAAUAGUCUGGUUUUGGUUCUCAAUGGCCGCGAAAAGCAAAAAGUCACUUACUCCACACGGUGGCUGGAGCACGUCCAAACUCUGGUUCAGUCCAAUACAGUGUCUCACGUUGCUGUGGUUCUGCUGGGCAAUGAGCACUGCAACAACAACUGGAUCAGCCCACAUCUGAAGAGAAAUGGUGGCUUUGUGGACCUCCUGUUUGUAGUGUAUGAUAGCCCCUGGGUCAAUGACAAGGAUGUCUUUCAGUGGCCUCUUGGUGUUGCUACAUACAGACAGUUUCCAAUGAUCAGGCCUAAUGCCCAGUUAAUUACCUCCAACCGGCCAUACCUCUGCAAUUUCUUAGGAACUGUUUACAAAAAUUCUUCCAGAGAAACACUCAUGCAUAUUCUGACACAGUCUGGCCUGGAAAAGGAUUGCAUCACCACUGGGAGGGAAAAGUGGCUCCCUCAGGAGACAGCAGACAGUCUGAGACGCUAUCAGACAGCUCUGGCCCAAAGCGAGCUCACUCUCUGCCCAGUUGGGAUCAACACAGAGUCUUACCGCAUCUACGAGGCCUGCUCUUAUGGCUCCGUGCCCGUGGUGGAAGAUGUGAUGACACCUGGGAGCUGUGCAGCAGGGCCCAGCUCCCCGCUACGACUCCUAAAAGCUGCAGGGGCGCCCUUCAUCUUCAUCAGCGACUGGAAGGAGCUCCCAGCCAUCUUGCAGAGGGAGAGAGGGAUGACACAGGAGCAGAGGGUGGACAGGAGGAGGAGGCUGCUGGAGUGGUAUUCCAGCUUUCGUCAGCAGAUGAAGGAAAGGUUCACCGAGGUCAUCGAAGAGACCUUCUUCAAAAACGGCUGACUGUGGUGCUUCUAAAUAUCAACAGGGUGGUUGACAGUUAAAACUGAUUUUAUUUAUUUUAUGGUUUGUGGAGAAAUGUGAUGUACUACUGACAUAGUGAAAGUGGUGAUGUUCUUUUCAAUAUUCUGGCGCAGGUUAUUAAAAAAAUAAUUUAUGUGUGUAGUAAAGUUGUAAAGCUGCCAUUACUAGUCAGAAAGGGGCCUCGUGAUAUUUAAGUAUAUUCAUCAUCUAAAUGUUUACAACUGUGGAAUGUACAGGAAUUUAGAGAUAGAGGAUUAUGAACUGCCUUUGCAUUUUAAAAAAACAACCCUUAAUUUACUUUAAGUAUGUUUUAUGUGUUUUUAAGUAAUUCUUAUUGUGAUUUUUAGGAAACACUAAAUAAUAUGUGUAGAAGAGAUUGCAAUGUGUUUGCACCAUUUUUAACACCCUGAUAUCCUUUUGAAAUCUUUUCUCUUUGUGAGCUGCUUGCAAAUGGAUGUGGUUGGGAUGAAAUGUUUUGCUUUGUGGUAAAAAAAAA